AUGGUUGUUGGUGGUACUCUCCAAGCAUCCGCGUUCCAUGCUGCACAAUUGGGAGUUGGACGUGUCCUAUCAGGCAUCGGUCUUGGGCUCCAAGUCGCCACAGUUCCAACAUGGCAAUCCGAGUGUGCCAAACCGAAGACGCAAGGCCGCUGGGUUAUGAUUGAAGGCGGUCUUCAGACAACAGGUGUGGCCUGCGGACAAUGGAUUGGAUAUGGAUUCUUCUUCACUCACGGCCAAAUUCAAUGGAGGAUGCCAGUUGCAAUCCAACUGAUCCCAGCAAUCAUCGUCAAGAUUAACCAAGGUGUGCACAAUCUCUGCAAGCUUCGCGGCCUCUCAGAAGAAGAUUCAACUCUCAAGGCCGAACUCGAGUCCAUCAUGGCCACUUUCGAGUCCCAGAAAUCCGAAGCUCCCUUCCAGUACAAAGAGCUCUUCCAGAAUGGGAGAUCACAAACAUUCCGACGAAUGUGUCUUGGCUUCUUCAUCCAAGCCGCUCAACAACUUUCCGGCAUCAACCUGGUCUCCACAUAUGCCAACCAAAUCCUCACAGACUCAUUCAAUCUCAGUCCAUCCAUGGCACACCUGAUCGCCGCUUGCGGAGGAGCUGAAUAUGCCAUCUGCUCCGUCCUCUCGGUCUUCUUAAUUGAAGGACUCGGUCGUCGGAAAGCCUUCCUCCUAACCUCCACCGGCAUGACCAUCUCGUUCAUUCUCAUUCCCAUCUUACUCUCACAAAUUGAGCGCAAUCUGCAACUCGCGGCCGCCGGCCUGCUGUUCCUCUUCAACACGUUCUUCGGUCUCGCUUGGGUUGGAGGCCCCUUCCUCUACAGUGCUGAAAUCGCACCUCUCCGGUCCCGAGCACAGAUCAAUGGUGUCUCCGCUGCUGCUAAUUGGAUCUUCUGCUUCAUGGUUGUUAUGACCAUUCCCCCGUCAUUCGCCAAUAUCGGUUGGAAAACAUACAUCAUCUACGCUGUGUUGAACGCCUCAUUCAUUCCCAUCAUCUACUUCUUCUUGGUGGAGACGAAGGGGCGCAGUUUAGAGGAGUUGGAUGUUAUCUUCGCUGCGCCAGGUGAUCCAGUUAAGCAUGAAAAGAGGAUGCCCCGGAAUAUCUCAAUUGCAGAGGGAAGGAGAAUUUUGGGGUUGGAUGAUGAGAGGACGGAGGAGAAGUCUGAUGGUUCGGUGGAAGGGAUCAAGAUUGAGGGCAGUAAAGAAGUUGAUUAUGCAUGA